CUAUUUAUAAUUAAUUUUAUUUAAUUGGAAGGUAUGAAUGAAAUCACUUUUCUUAAUACGUAAUUUUUAAUGUGUAGUUAGGUAGUUGCAUAUAAAAAUUAAUUUCUUGUCAGGCUUUGUUAGGACCAUACCACAAAAAAAUGGUGGUAAUUGAACACCCAUCAUUAGAAACUUCUUGAAGGCCAUUGAAAUGUUUAUUUUCCAUCCAACCUGUUGAUGAGGUCACAAAUACCUGAAUGAAAGAACACAUAAAUAUCAGCUUGGGUCAAAACUUUUCUGGCCCUCAAGAAGCUUUUAAUGAUCAAUCACAACUUUUCCAUAUAGUAUAGUCCACAUGAGAUUUGGACCUGUUGCAUUUUUGGGCUCAUAUCCUAAAAUGAUCUGUCGAAAUGGAUGGACUGUGUGGAUAUAAGGCACAUACUUAUGAAAAUGCCAUCUUCAGGAGAUGUAGCCAGGUUCUACCGCUUGAUACUACCUAUUCUUGAGACUUUCAAACAUUGUGUGUCACUUCACUAUAAAAUAGAAAUCAACAUUGCUUUCUACUAACAUAUGCAUUUACUAUUGCAAUUUCUUUAAUUGGUAGAAUUUCUUAUAGGAACUAAAGGAAAAAACAAUCAAGUGGCUGUAAUUCUCUAUGUAAAUCAUGUACUACAUUUAGAAACUGAUCAGUCCUUACAAGGUCUCAAAUCAGGAGGGAGGAUAAUGUUAAAUUAGGUUUGUAAAUUUUGCCUAGAAGCUAAUUGUUAAAAAAACUCAUCUUAUUGGUAUGCUUCGUGCUCAUAUUACUAAUUGAGGCUGCUUAUUCUGUUUUUUUUUUUUUUUGGUGGCAAACAUGAAGGAGAAUGCAUAUUUCUAUUCUAUUUUGUUGUUGAUAGGUAUCCUUUUCAUCUAGCUGUUUAAUCACCUGGUUUUGGUUACUAAGUUUGGCAAUAGUUUGAUUUUUUUUUUCAAUUACAGAAGAGAAAGGAAAUAUGCUUUCAGAAUUCUUUGAAUAUCAGGCAUGGCAGCAAUGGUGGCUCAUCAUUGCAACGACAUGUUGAGCAGAGGAAGGCAUCGAAGGAUUUCUGGUCAUUUGUUAAGCACACGGGAACACAAAUUUCUCAGGCCUCACAAAGUUAUUCUUCAUACUCAUGGCAUUUUAUUAAAGAUACAGCUUGAGGUGAAGGAGUUAUGGAGCUCAGUGAAUGGAUUUCAUCAUAUUGUUUCAAAUGGUUCAGAAUCCAGCGAGGCAAUAGUUGAUAAGAUAAAGCUGGGAGAAGAAGGGUGGAAAGAAAGGUACUAUGCUGAGAAGAAGGGUGGAAAGAAGGCAAUUGGGGGCGUGGUGAGGAGAGGUCCUUCGCCCGGCAUAUGUGGUUAUACAUCUGGUAUUAUGAGAAGGGUUGGGGGAAAUUUUAAGGAAAGAUUACAAGACUUGGAGGACUUGAUGCAGUCUUUGAUUUUGCUGUCACUGAAGAAGAGCUUGCAGCGCUCUUCCAAAGUUUAGAGGUAAAUUUGGGCAGUAGAGGGAUCAGCACCAAAAGGAGAUGUAUGAGGAAGCCAGUCAAGUGGCAAAUGAUGCAGCUGGUGGUAUUCGGACAAUUGCAUCUUUUUUGUGGAGAAUAGAAGGUAAUGGAUCUUUACCAAGAGAAAUGCGAGGUCCCAAUGAAGCAUGGAGUCUGACAAGGAAUUGUAAGUGGCGUAGGCUUUGGCUUCUCCUUCUUCGUGGUCUUCUGCACCAACACCCUCAUUUUCUAUGCCGGUGCUCAUCUUGUACAAGAUGGGAAGACAACAUUUUCCAAAGUUUUCAGGGUUUUCUUUGCUUUGAUAAUGGCAGCAUUUGGAGUCUCAUAGACCAGCGCUAUAGCUCCAUAUGCAACCAUUCACUUUUAAAUGUAGGACUGCCAUGUAAAAAUAAAUAAAUAAAUCAGUAUUUUACUAGUUUAAUGGGGCCUUUUAUUUUUUA